AGGUUAAGCACGACGCCACCCCGGCAACCAAUCAUUAGUCAUUAUCGUCUUCAUCUCCACCAGAACCUUAGUUUAUGCCGACCCAAACUCGAUCCACCCUCCUCCGGAGUCCGAGCAAUUCUGCUGCCCCUCCUCCGAUUCGCUUCUCCUUCUCCCAAUCGAGCCCUGCCCUACUCGUCAUAGCCUCAUAGCUUUUUUCUCUCUCUCUAUCUCGCCGACACUUUGCUUCCGGGAGCAGGAAACGCCGGACGGGGCCCCCGUCUUGGAUCUUUCAGGGUUCUGGAAGAAAGAGGAGCGGUAAACUUGGUUCCGGUUCUUGAUCCUUGAUCGCAGCCAUGAGUAACACGCUGCUUCGAAUCUACCCUUCCGACUUGAAGAUGCCAUUCGAGCUCAGGAAGCAGAAUUCAGGGUGUAUUGAGCUCGUUAACAAGACCGAUCAGCGCGUGGCCUUCAAGGUGAAAACGACGAACCCAAGGAAGUACUCGGUUCGGCCUGCCUCCGGUAUCGUGCUGCCUAGGGGAUCCUGCGGUAUCACAGUUACCAUGCAAGCGCCGAAGGAGAUCCCGCCGGAUUACCACUGCAAGGACAAGUUUCUCGUUCAGAGCAUCGUAGUGGAGGACGGGACAACGUUGAAGGACAUUGUCCCUGACAUGUUCAGUAAAGCGCCAGGCAAGAUCGUCGAGGAGUUCAAGCUGAGGGUGGUCUACGUCCCUGCCAAUCCUCCCUCACCUGUUCCUGAGGAAGCAGAGGAGGAAAACGAAUCCUUUGAUUCAGAUGUGGACCAAGCAGUGGAAAGACCAUCCACACCCAAUGCUGCAUCAGGGCAUUUAUAUACAUCUGGAUCACAAGCUUCACAUGAUGAGGAUGUCUCUAUGAUACGCAAGUCAGAAGAAGAGGAAAGUAGAUAUGGAGAUGAAAACAAGAAGCUUCAGGAAGAGCUGGAACUGCUCAGGAAAAGAGUGCCGUCUCGUGCGGGUUUCUCAGCUGCGUUUGUGCUGCUUGUCUUCUUGUUAUCUUUGCUUGUAGGAUACUUGAUGUUGGAAAGCAAGGCUUAGGUCUUGUUUGGAUAGGUUGUUACUUCUGAUUAGUUGAGAAAGUAAUUGUGGUUGUUGAAUUUUGAUGGUUGGUUUUUACAAUAAAUUUUUAGUUUCUUAGUACAACAAAAACUAGAAAAUUUAUUCUUAACAUACUUCUCAGCUUCUAAUUUAUUUUAGCUACAACCUCUUCCUUAGAUAGCCAAAAGCUAAUAGAAAUCGGGACCAAAAGUCAACCUCUUGAAUAGCUUUUGCCUUCAAAAAGGCUAGAAAAAAACUUAUCCAAAUAGAACCUUAACGACAAACGGUAGCAAAAAUACACAUCAUUUUGCGGUGUGGCUCUAUCUUUUCGUCUCUUUGCUCCUUUAGUAUAGAUAGUAAGUCUACAAUACAGAUAGGGUGUUUUGGUUGUGAAGUGUCCAUAUGAGAGAUCUUCAGUCUUGAUUUAUACAGUGAUUCCUUGUAAAUAUUAGGUUGUACUUUCUUUUUUC